AUGGAAAACGACAAGGGUCAACUAGUUGAACUUUACGUUCCAAGAAAGUGCUCUGCUACCAACAGAAUUAUUAAGGCCAAGGACCAUGCUUCCGUGCAAAUCAACAUUGCUCAAGUUGAUGCCGAAGGCCGUGCCAUCCCAGGUGAAUACGUUACUUACGCUUUGAGCGGUUACGUUAGAGCUAGAGGUGAAGCUGAUGAUGCUUUGAACAGAUUGGCCCAGAAUGACGGUUUGUUGAGCAACGUCUGGAGCUACUCCCGUUAA